AUGUUCACCCUUCUCCUAGAACUAUGGCAUCAAAUUGCGGCUCUCAAGCCAUCUUUUAUUUCCAAAAGUCCUCAUUUCAAUUUCAUCACCGUACAUUAUUUCUGGAUCAUUGGAAUAACACUCCUCGGCUCUUUAUGUUUAUAUAUCCGAGGAGGAAUCGAUUACAUAGAUGCUCUAUUCUUCGCAAGUGGUGGUGCAACUCAAAGUGGCCUGAAUACUAUCAACCUCAAUGACCUCAACACAUGGCAGCAAACUGUUCUAUACUUGCUACCUAUAUUUACGAAUCCAAUCACGAUCAACUCUUUCGUUGUCUUCCUCCGAUUAUAUUGGUUUGAGAAACGAUUUCAGCACAUUGCCGCCCAAAAUAAAAAGAAUCGGAGGAGCAUUGGGAAGUCAUUCUCAAAGUCGAGAACAACUGAUGUUGGAGCUGUAGAUGAAGAGAAAGGUGUUAAUGGCAGAAAUAUUGUUGUAAUGCACGGUACGACACGAGCGAAUGUUAUGCAAGAUGGUAAGGAUGCUAUUGUGGAUAUACAAGAUGCAAUCGAAAAAGAAAGGGCGAUGAACAGGGCAGAGGCUAUUAAUGGUUCUGGGAGUAGUAACCUAUCAAGUACAGAGACGGCGAACGAUCCUAGCCCUACCUCUCAUCAGACACAAAUUAAGUUUGCCGAUCAAGUAAAGAGGAGUAAUGGAAUGGAUGAUGAAGAAUUGCGAUUACCAGUUCGUCGCAGGGACGAGGAUCACAUUGCGUUUCUAGAACGUCAACGAAAUCCGGAAGACAGGACUAUCCUUCGAAUCCCAGGACCAAGAGAUGCAGAUGCUGGUGUAUCUCCACAAACCGUUGAGGAGGAGGAGGAAGGGGACCCGGUUAUAAGAACAUUAUCGCGCGUAGGUUCUGCGUAUUCUCGAAGAGGAAGUAUUGAUCGGGGAACUUUGAAUGGGGAGACACAAUGGCAAGAUCAUUAUCCCUCGAGGAAGCGCAAUAUUACAAUCGAAGUUCCGACGCAUCCCAAGGUUGAUCGCGCGGUCGAUGAUAUGAAAGCUGCAGGCUCCACGAUCAAAGGCGUCAUGAGAUUCCGCAAUAAUAGAACCAUGGAGCGCAACGAGGCCACCGAAACCCAGGGAAAUGGGGCCGUCAUCACAAAAUUGAAGUCGAGGGCUCCAACAUUUCAAAGCAUAAAGACAGCCCUUACUGGUGAAAAGGAAGAUCCCACUCCUUAUUUGAGUUGGGCGCCAACCAUAGGUCGUAAUUCAGCUUUCGUUGAUCUGACCGAGCAGCAAAGAGAAGAACUCGGUGGAAUAGAGUACAGGUCACUAAAAUCAUUGGCUUUAAUUUUGUCUUGUUAUUUUAUAGGGUUUAGUAUAUUCGCUGUUGUUUGUCUAUUACCUUGGAUUCUUAAUAAUCAUACCUAUGGUUCAAUAGUCGAACAGGACGGCCAGGGUAGAGUAUGGUGGGGCAUUUUCACAGCUAAUUCUGCUUUCACGGAUCUGGGAUUUACCCUCACCCCGGACAGCAUGAUCUCUUUCAACACAGCUAUUUGGCCGCUCUUACUGAUGUCAUUUCUGAUUAUCAUUGGUAACACGGGAUUUCCAAUUAUGCUCAGGUUCAUCAUUUGGGUUACCACAUUGUGGGUGCCUAGGAACAGUGGGAUUUGGGAGGAAUUGAGGUUUUUGCUCGAUCAUCCUCGUCGAUGUUUUACACUUCUUUUCCCAAGUAAGGCGACUUGGUGGCUCUUCUGGAUUCUUGUCAUUUUGAACGGCUUGGACCUGUUAUUCUUCAUUAUCCUUGAUCUUGGCAAUUCGGUCGUAACUGAUUUACCGGUGAACAUUCGCGUUCUCGAUGGUUGGUUCCAAGCUGCUUCCACAAGAACGGCUGGGUUUGGAGUCGUUAAUCUUGCCCUACUUCAUCCUGCUAUUCAGGUUUCCUAUCUAAUUAUGAUGUACAUUUCGGUUCUUCCUAUUGCCAUAUCUGUUCGUCGAACGAACGUUUAUGAGGAGAAAUCAUUAGGUAUAUACGGAUCGCCAACAGAAGAAAAUGAGGAUGAGGGAGAACCAUCUUACGUCGGUGCCCAUCUUCGAAGACAAUUGUCUUUCGAUUUAUGGUAUAUUUUCUUGGGCUUUUUCAUCAUCUCAAUCGCCGAGGGCAGCCGCCUCCAAGGUACUGAUCCAUCGAUUAAUAUGUUUUCGGUCUUGUUUGAGAUUGUUAGUGCCUACGGUACAGUUGGCUUGAGUUUAGGAUACCCAGGGAUUGAUGCCUCCUUGUCUGCCGAAUUCAACACUGUCUCAAAACUCGUCAUAAUCGCUAUGCAAAUUCGUGGACGUCAUCGUGGUCUUCCAAAGAAGCUCAAGAUGCAGCACAAAGAGUUCACCGUCGAAAUUCAAAUGCGACAAUAG